AUGGCCAUCGACAUGAAUAUCUACAAGUUGUUGGUUAUUAGAGAUUCAGAUCUUUUGAUUCAUCAAGUUCAAGGAGAAUGGGUUGUAAAGAACCCAAAGAUUAUACCUUAUGUACAGUAUGUACAGAAGUUGUGCAAAAGAUUCUGUAAGAUCGAGUUCAGACAUACCCCCAAAAUACAGAAUGAAUUGGCCGAUGCUCUUUCCACCAUCGCUUCGAUGAUUAAAUAUUCGGAUACAUAUUAUAUUGAUCCUCUAGAUAUAGAGUUGAAAGAACAUCCAGUCCAUUGUUCCCAUGUUGAAGCACUUACAGACGGUUUGGCUUGGUAUUUUGAUAUAAAGAAGUAUUUGGAAUUUGGAACUUAUCCCGAAGAUGUUACGUCCAAUCAAAAGAAGUCGAUAAGCCGUGUGGCUCUCAAUUUCUUUCUAAGUGGAGAAGUCCUUUAUAGGAUGACUCCAUAUUUGGGUCUUCUAAGAUAUGUUGAUGUUGUUGAAGAUGUGAAGCUUAUUGAACAAAUACAUGUUGGAGUCUGUGGUACGCAUAUGCACGGUCUCACUUUGGCAAGAAAGAUCCUACGAGCCGUGUAUUUAUGGAUGACUAUGGAGAAUGAUUGUUGUAAGUUUGUGAAAAAGUGCCACAAAUGUCAAGUGCACGACGAUUUGAUCCGAGUGCCACCUUACGAACUUAAUGUUAUGAGUUCACCUUGGCCAUUUGUAGCUUGGGAUAUGGAUGACGUCGGUCCGAUAGAGCCAACCAUUUCUAAAGGACAUAGAUUCAUUUUAGUUGCCAUUGAUUAUUUCACUAAGUGGGUGGAGGCAGUUUCUUACAAGUCGGUAACCAAGAAAGUGGUGGCUGAUUUUGUUCGCAGCAAUCUGAUAUGUAGAUUUGGAGUGCCAGAAUCCAUCAUUACUGAUAAUGGGGCAAAUCUCAACAGUCACUUUAUGAGAGAGAUAUGUGAGCAAUUUAAGAUUACUCAUCGAAAUUCAACUGCUUAUCGUCCACAAAUGAACGGAGCAAUAGAGGCCGCCAAUAAGAAUAUCAAGAAGAUUUUGAGGAAAAUGAUUGACAAGCUUCGAGGUUGGCAUGAGAUUUUACCAUAUGCUUUAUUGGGAUACCGCACAACUGUUAGAACAUCAAUUGGGGCCACUCCAUAUUUGCUGGUAUAUGGAACAAAAGUAGUCAUACCCGCUGAAGUUGAGAUAACGUCUUUGAGAAUCAUCCAAGAAGCUGAAUUAAGUAACGCUGAAUAG